UUCGGCGAGGACUUCGAGGGCCACUUCUGCGUGCCCGCGCGGCUCCAGGACAAGAGCGCGGACCUCGUCGAGGCCGUCAACGACUUCCACUACGCGAUGAUCAACGACCACCCGCGCAACGAGUUCUACCGCGAGUGCCUGCGGCGCGCGAUCGUGCCCGGCGAGAGCGUCGUCCUCGAGAUCGGCACGGGCAGCGGCCUCCUCGCGAUGCUCGCCGCGCGGCUCGGUGCGCGCAAGGUCGUGGCCAUCGAGGCGAGCCGCCACAUGGCCGCGCUCGCGCGCAAGAACAUCGCGGCCAACGGCCUCGACGGCGCGAUCACCGUCAUCGAGCGGCUGUCGACGGAGUUGGACGCCGACGAGAUCCGCCGCGCGUGCGGCCUCGGCGCGGGCCGCCCCUACGCCGCGGACCUGCCCGACGUGCUCGUGAGCGAGCUCUUCGGCACGCUGCUUUUGGGCGAGUCGGCGCUCGAGUACCUCCGCGACGCGCGCGAGCGCCUCGUGCGGCCCGGCUGCCGCGUCGUGCCGCCGCGGGGCGUCCAGUACGCGGCGCUCGUCGAGUGCGACGCCGUCGCCAAGCUGACCAAGGCCGACGACUGGGGCGGCCUGGACCUGAGCCACGUCAACGUGCUCCAGGACACGGCGUCGCUGGUCUUCGCGAAGCAGUACGGCUUCCGCUUCUGCUCCGUGCCGUCGACGUUCCUCGCGCCGCCCGUGACCGUCUUCGCCUGCGACUUCACGAGGGACGCGCCGGGCUUCGUGCCGUCGGAGACGACCGUCGACUUCGCCGCGGCCAAAGCGGGCGUCGCGCACUGCGUCGUGCUGUUCUGGGACGCGACGGUCGGCGGGCCGGGCGCGGCGCCCUGGGAGCUCGACGGCGGCCCGCUGACCAUGUCCACGGACCCCCGCGAGACCGUCGACAACUUCGCGCGCGACAUGCAGUGGGGCCAGGGCAUCCAGCUCCUCGAGGACCUCGACGCCGCGAACCGCGACGACGCGCUGGACCCGGCCAACGCGCUCACGCGGCCGCCGACGCCCUUCGUCGUCGCCGCGGGCGAGCCCCUCUCCUUCGACGUCCGCCUCUCCUCCGACUCCGUCGUCCUC